CUGGGGACCCACAAGUCGAGAACCACUGCCUCAAGGGAGAAACUGUGGCAUUACCUCCGAAGUUAAAAAAUUGGAAAAACCAAACUCUUCCUUGAAAAGCUGUGAUUGUCUAGACAUGUGGGGGUUAAAUCUAGGGCAAAGGAGGGUAAAAAUAGAUGGGAGGGUCCAAUGUGAAAGGUUUGGAACCCCUCCCCUUAUAUAUAAAACAAAGACUCCGCCUCCAAUAUGUGGCAUUCAGUGUGUGUCCACACCAGGGUAGAAUUGGCACCAUGCUCUCCAGAUCAGCCAUGCACGUGCCACAUUAUGCCCCUUCCAUGUUCAGGGAGUUUGACAGAUGGAAGGGCUAUCUGAGCCUUGCGAAAGUGGUUACGGAGAUCAUCGCGGAACGCAAGAAGGUCCCAUUUCCAUCUCAGAGUUGGGACACAAUGGAGUACGACAUGCAGCUAGUCCUCAACGAGGACAACUUUGAAACAGCAUCACAAUGGGUUAAUGGAAGCAGUUCCAGCAGCAAGAGCUCCAAAGGUAGUGCCAAUGGCCAGGCUUCCCAAAACAAGGAGAUUUGCAAUUUCUGCAAACACAACGGGGAAUCCAAGCAGGUCUAUUCGUCCCACCGGCUGAAGGGGAUGGACGGCACCGUGGAGUGCCCCAUCUUGCGCAAAUACACCUGUCCGCUCUGCGGUGCCACGGGCGAAAAGGCCCAUACUUUAAAAUACUGCCCACUGAGCCAAGGGAAGAGGUCGCUGUAUCGCAAGUGCGGACGUAACUCGGCUGGACGCAAGGUGAGGAGAUAAGAAGAUCAGGAGAAGACCGAAGCAUUUAUUCUUAGUUUUAGUUUGACUUUGUAAAAGAACAACAUUUGAUUUCGAGCAUCAUUAACACUCUUUACAUUUCCUCCCACUUUGUUUCAGGUUUGGAGAAUGGAAGCCCAAUUCUCUUAGACUACAUUUGUGAGUCCAGAAAUGUUUUUUUAUGUAUAUUGUUGCCUUCUUUCACAUUUGUUGUACCUAGGUUAAUUAUAUUGUGUUUCUUUUAGAUGUGUCAGUUGCCUAGUGUGAUGACUCAUGGGCCCUGCAGUCCUAUUCCUGACAGUAUUGUGGCAGAUGAGGAGGAAAAUAUGGAGUUUUCCCCAGAUUUCCGGUCGGAGUCAGAGCCUUGGCAGCUGCCUGAAGUUCUAGUCCAAGAACCAAUUAAACCUGACCUUGGUGGGAACUCUCCCCCUUAUGGGAGAAAACAGGCUUACACGACUGAUAGAGGAUCGAGAGAAAAAUUUAGAAGUAGUGCUCGCCUUGCUGCCAAAUAUGCCACUGAUUAGAAGUAUUUCCCCUGAGAAAAUACGGGGAGUCUUGCACCUGCAAGCUGGUUUCCUUCGCUCCCUGUUCUCUAGGGAAAGUGAUUGUUGUUUGGGGAAACGAGACCCAAUAUAGGGAAAUUGCGCGAAGGAUUCCUUGCGGAGUCAAUUCGUCAGCUCCUGGAGAGAGGUCAUGUGUGUGUGGACUUCGAAUCCUGUUCCUUGCCUCCUGAAUCUAGUUCCAAGCCUUGUCCUCGUCUCACGGAUUUACCACAGAUCUUGUUCCAUGCUUCAAGUUGCUUUGCCUUUAGCCACAGCUCCAGCCACGUUCCAAGUAACUUUCAGCCUUGUGUCAAGCUUCAUUGGAUUCAAGACUUUUUCUGUUUUCCCAACGCUUUGCUUGGCAAAGCGUGUGUUGCGGUUAUUGGAUUAUAAUCUUUGGACUCUAAUAUUUCAUAUUGGACAAUAAUCUGCUGGACUAUAUUUGGCCUCAUUUGAAAGGUCUGCUUCUGAACUUUAUUCUACACUUGUUUUUAUUGACUUUAUAUAUUCCUUUAAUAAAGAUAUUAGAUAGAAUCUGGCCUCAGUGUAUGGUUAUUGGUGCCCAGCAGCCUAGAUCCUGACACCUUGUAUCAUGCUUUUUUAUACAUAUAAUCAUGUUUUUUACAUAUGUAAUAUCACGUUCCUUUGACAUCUGUAAUUGCCUUAUAUCAUAUUUUAUAUUGUGUUUUAUAUAUGCAGUUACUUUACAUGUUUCUUUUAUGUAUGGAUGUAUAAUUUUUACAUGUUUAAUUAUAUUAUUUGCAACUAUAAUUGCCUAAUAUCAUGCUUCUUUUAUAUAUGCAAUGACAUCAUGUUUAUUUAACGUAUAUAAGUGCCUUAUAUCAUGUCCGGGUUAUCAUGUGUGUCUCCAGAGGGAUGCAGCCCUAUCCUUUGCAGGGA